AUGCAUGCAGUCGGCUGGCUCCUCAACCCGAAGAACCAGCUCGCGAUGGAAGUCCGCAACGACCCCGAGAUCAUCGAAGGGGUCAAUGCGGUGCUGCAGGCACGAGGAGGUGACGUGCAAGGCCGAAUCUUGUUGCAAGCCCAGCUUGCUACGUACCACAGAGGUGAGGGUCGUCUGGGGGGGGAAGAUGCACGGGCCGCAGCGAUGCUCGUGGAGAGUGAACGUCUCUCACAUGCGAAUUGGUGGGCGAUGUAUGGAGGGGAACUCCCCGAGCUACAAGAUUUGGCUGCCGAAGGCUCUGAACCACGGGUUGAAGAGGAAGAAGGUGAUGUCGAUUGCGUGAUUGACUGGGAAGCUCUUGGCAGCAUCGGGAAGAGGAAGAAGAAAGAGGUGACAAAGGGAAUCAAGGGAAAGGCGACCAAGAAGCUUAAGAAGAAGCGUUCGGCUGACGAAGACGAUGAUGAGGAGGAGGAGGAGGAGGAUGAGGAUGAGGAGGAGGAGGAGGAGGAGGAGGAGGAGGAGGAGGAGGAGGAGGAGGAGGAGGAGGAGGAGGAGGAGGAGGAGGAGGGCGGGGCGUCCAACGCAUGGGACAUUAGUGACCUUGAUGGUGUUAGAUAG